GUAACCCGGAAGUAGAAGUGCAAAACAAGGUGCAGAAGUUUUGAAUCCAACCAGGGAACAAUCCAGCAUGUUUUACUGCAGCAGCGGCGGUUCCGAUCCGCUGAACAUGUCCAAAAGCGGCAUCCUGAGAGGAAUCAUCACCGAGAAGCUGAGCACAGCCGCCCGGGAGAUCUUAGCGGUGGUGGAGAGGACCGUAGCCGACUACGAGGAGGAGGCUUCGGGCUUCAGGCGGGAGAUCGAGCGGCAGAGGAGGCAGCUGGAGCUCCUGCAGCCUCGGGUCAAGCUGCCCAGAACAGAACUAGAGCUGCUCCCAGAUCUGCAGAGCCACGAGGAGGUGGUGGUUGGUGAGGAGCAAGAGGAGCAGCAGCUCACACAGAGCACAGGUGUGGAGGCAGCUGAGAGUCACAAUCCACCUGGGAAACACUCUGAGGAAGAGGAGGAGGAUGAUGAGGGGGAAGAUGGUGGUGAUGAUGAGGUGGAACAAGAGGAUGAUCAUUAUGAUGAAGAUGAACAGGAGGAUGAAGAAUCAGUAAUAAAAAACAAGAUGAUCAAGGAAGACCUGAAGGACCCAGAUUUUGAAAUACCACCAAGGUCAGUUCAGCGUGGACGUAAAAGGCAUCACUUAACUCUGAAAAUUAACACAAAGGAGCCUCUGAAUCUCAGGAUCCGGAUACUGGAGGACUCUGAGACCACUGUGCUCUCAAAUGCUGUGUUUAAGAAGUAUCCGAUCUGGGACCUGGGGUGUCCUCAUGGUCUAGAGGAAGCGGCCUUCCUGGACCUGCUAAGGUCCACCUUCCCUCAGCUGGCUGCUGGGGAACCUUUUGAUACCUUCAUCACAGAUAAGAGCAGGAAGCUGCAGCCUCUGAAUGUGAAAGCUCUGACUCCGGAGGAGAUCUACACCGCCAUCAAAUCCAAUGGAAACUCGGCUCUGUACAUCCGCCCCAAGAAAGAAGAGGUUAAGACCAAGAGAAAGGAAGAACAUCUGGUCGCUGACUCUACAACUGUCGACCCUGGGAUCAUGGACAAUGAAACCGGGCUCCCCACAAGCUCUGUUCAAAAUGUACAGGGUUCUGGAAAAAGCGAAGUGUCCAGCGAGUCAAAAUCCCAACAGGACAAACUACAAGAUGAGGAUGAAGAAGGUGACAGCAACACUGACUCCCACAGUACCAGAGAUCAGACAUCAGAGGGAAACAAGGACAUGAAACCUGAUCCCAAACUGCAGCCACGCAAGAGGACAAGAAAGGGCCAGUGUAAACAGGGCAGGAAGAGAACUGCGGAGACUAAGAUGUCUUGUAAAGUGUGUGAAGUGCGGUACCAGAACUAUGGCAGCCUGAUUAACCACGCCUCGAGUCACGUCAGCGACCCGCAGAGUGUUUGUGGAGUCUGCGGGGAGAAGUUUAAGUCUGCAGAGGAGUUAAAGGAACAUCUCAAAAGUCACAAAAACAUUCACAACUGUUCACAUUGUGGGAAGUCUUUUGUCUCCAUCAACAGUUUAAACAAUCACAUUGCUAAGCACACAGGAGAGAGUCUGUUUAAAUGUGACAUCUGCAGUAAAACCUUCUCAACCAAAGGUAGCUUGAACUAUCACCAUUGGGUUCAUGUGAAAGAUAAACCACACAAGUGUGAUAUUUGUCAGCAAACCUUUGGUCUGGAGUCACAUCUCAAAGCCCACAUUAAGCAGCAUGGGAGAAAAGAAGUUUACAAAUGCAAAAUCUGCAAUAGGUCUGUGACCACUCGCCGAUCUUUGACCUGGCACGCGUUGACCCACUCAGACAAACGGCAUUAUGGCUGUGAAACAUGCGGGAAACGCUUUAAAUUGAAAAAUGGACUGAAAUCACACGAGAGGACUCACACGGUGAGAGAGCGGCCGUUCCUCUGCCACAUCUGCUGCAAAACAUUUCCAUCUGAACAAAGGCUGAUGAGCCACUUAAAAGUUCACAGCACUGAGAAACCAUUUGUUUGUACCGUUUGCAGUAAAGCCUUUAAGUACCAGACGAGUUUAUCCGGGCACAUGAAGGUGCACACUGGGGAAACUCCCUUUGAAUGCUGUGAGUGUGGACGCUGCUUCAAAUACAAGAAUAAACUUAUUGAGCACAUGAAGAUCCAUUCUGGCAUCAAAGAAUUUAUCUGUAGCAUUUGUGGGAAAGCAUGUCUUAAACGGGAAUACCUAAGGGUCCACAUGAGAACCCACACCGGAGAGAGACCCUACCAGUGCUCCCUCUGUGACAAAGCCUUCACCCAGAGCCACUGCCUGAAAACACACAUGAAGACUCACCAGGACCAAGAAAACGGCCCCUUCGCUUUGUCAGAGCCUGGAAUGAUUUGAUCUAUCUGAAACCAAAGGACGUUACAGUAAUUCACAUCCUUACCUUGUUUUGAUUAGUUGUUUGAAAAGCUUUUCGGAUUCAUGGUUCAAAUUGUGAUGUGAAGAAAACAAACGGAAAACAUAAAUUAACCAGUUCAACAAAAAGAUCUAUUCAAACGAUCUGUGGCAUGGUGGAACGGUGGUUAGCUAUGUUUAUUUAGACAUAAGUAAUGGGAAUAAAGAGCCGAUUAGAAUAAAAAUGUGUCAUGGAAACACC